AUGCCGGGACUCGGUUCAUUAGAUGAGUCCGAGUCUGAGGAGUUUUCCAGGUCACUCGCCUUGGCCUCCAGCGUCAGCUGUUGCAUCUUUUUCGGCUUUUUGCGACACAGCUUUGGAGAUGAUGAAGCCCGAUCCGCAUUUCAGGCAGGACUGAUGGCAGAGGAUGACUUUCCCAGAAGUGCGAACACGCCUCUCUCAAAGGAUCUCCUUCAUCCCUCUCCAGAAGAGGAGAAGAGGAAACACAAGAAAAAGCGCCUGGUGCAGAGCCCCGAUUCCUGCUUUAUGGAUGUGAAAUGCCCAGAAUGCUAUAAAAUCACCACGGUCUUUAGCCACGCACAAACGGUAGUCGCGUGUGUUGGCUGCUCCACUGUGCUCUGUCAGCCUACAGGCGGAAAGACCAGGCUGACAGAGGGACGCUCCUUCAGGAAGAAGCAGCGCUGA